UUCUCCCCCUCCCCUUCUUUUUUGUAGCCGGAGAGACUACAGGGAACUCAUUAUUCCGUGCAAUCGGAUAUCUGGAGCAUGGGCUUGUCGCUGGUAGAGAUGGCGAUUGGCAGAUACCCGAUUCCUCCUCCUGACUCUAAGGAGCUUGAAUUAAUGUUUGGCUGCCCAGUAGAGGGAGAUUCUCCAGUCACAGAGACCUCGCCCAGGCAGAGAACACCUGGUCGACCAGUGAGCUCCUACGGACCAGACAGCAGACCCCCGAUGGCAAUCUUUGAACUUCUUGAUUACAUUGUCAAUGAGCCACCUCCAAAACUGCCCAAUGGUGUGUUUGGUUCUGAAUUUCAAGAUUUUGUUAACAAAUGUUUAAUUAAGAAUCCUGCUGAGAGAGCUGAUUUGAAGCAGCUGAUGAUUCAUGCUUUCAUUAAGAGAUCUGAAGCGGAGGAGGUGGAUUUUGCAGGGUGGCUUUGUUCAACCAUAGGCCUUAACCAACCGAGUACACCCACGCAUGCUGCUGGAGUCUGAAUGUGGAAGAGCAAAUCCUGUACUGUACACCUGUUAAGAACAAUGCUAUUUCGGUCCUAUUUCCUCAGCUUGUACCUGUUCAAACAUGUAUUUCACCUCUUAAGGAAGAAUGUCUUUAUAGCAUGUGCCAAAUGGUUUUAAAUUUUGUCAUAAACUAAUUGGUAUUGUAUUGGAUUAUAUUUGUUUACUGACCAAGCUGUAAGAUGUCUAAGUUACAGUGCUUGCUGGUUUUAAGUGAUUAUGGAUAUUCUUUCUUAAUGAAAAUAUCACUGGGGGUGUUUACCCCCAGCUUGUUUGAACUUUAUCAAGUUUCUUUGUAAAUCGUUGGUACUUCAAUCACGCUUACCUAAUCUCCUGUGCAAAAAGGGUUAGGGAUGCUCCAAAACUGUAUCUGUCGAGCAUGCUUCUGCUGCUGCCAAACUGUAUCUGAAAGGUAGGCCUAAUGGUUCCAGUUGUUGCUGUUGUUUAGAGAUCUCUCUUUCCAGGUAAAGAAGGCAAGAGCUCUAUGUUUCUUGGAACGUCCAGGGCAAUAUUCUAAUUGUAGACUUGUUCAUAUUUCUAUAUUUAUUUUUAAAACAUAUCAUCAUACUUGGGUUUAGUGAAGUCUGUCUUUCUAAUUGAUUUUUAAAAGUUAGUUCUUGGAAGUGUCCUACAGAAUCCAGACAACGAUCCAGGCACUUUGCUUUCUUUUAACCUAAAGAUUCAUGACGACUGUGUUUAGUGUCUAAAGUGUAUGAAGAUCCUCUAUUGUUUUAUUCUCUCAGAUGUUUAGCAAUGGAUUCUCUUAAUAAAUAUAUUAUCAAGUAA